AUGCACCCGGAAGGCGAACGGAGGUAUGAUGAGUACUAUGCCAAGAGUAUAGAGUCCUACCGCCAGGAUAUCUGUGACCCUAUCAAAAUGCGGCAGGAGCCAACUUUAGCUGCCGGCCUCCUCCUAUGUUACACUACGAUGGGUUCGCGUCCGUCUUGGACCGUUCACCUCAACGGCGCAUUCUCCCUACUUCGAAGUGGAGGCUGGCUCAUCAAUCCCAGCGGCUUUGCGUCUGAGGUUCUUACGGUCCUUGGUAUCUUCGACCUUCCGACUCACACAAUCGGUAGACGAACCCCAUCGCCUUGCAUAUGGUAUAAUUUUUGCCGCUUCAAACGUGGAAUCGAAUCUAUCAGUGGUAUUCCUUACACCUUGCUCGACCUGCUCUCCACGAUCGAGGAUCCUGACAUCGAGGAUCAACUUUGGGCGUGGACAUAUGUCGAAGUCUCGACGCUUGCGCAACAGCGAAUGUGGAAUGCGACGCGCCUUGCGGGUAUCAUCUCUGCAAGGGAAUAUCAAGCACAACGUGGUUCAAAUACUGCCAAGCUGAUGCAUCCACAUCACACCACGAAAGGCGAUAUAUCGACGGGCGUGUUGAUCCAAGAUAUUCUCGGCACCUUCGAGGUAAUCGGCAAUGAGGCGAGCCACGAAAGCUACGACUAUGUCUGGAAUACUCUUCUGUUCCCUCUUUUCAUCGCCGCAUCCCAAGCCCGAUGGCUGAGUGAAGUACAGAAGACACUUAUCGACAAGAUUUGGACUAAAUGUUUCACAUACGAUGGCGUCAUGAUCAAGUAUUACCGCGCUCCGUUGGACCUGAUCCACGAGCUCUGGGGCGGCCCCGCUAGAACAGCAAAGCAACUUGCACAAGCUCGAAACGUCGAAAUAUCGCUUUUCUAG